AUGGCGGACACUAAGAUUGUCGUUGUUGGCGCUGGUCCUGUCGGAUCUUUGGCGGCGCUAUAUGCCGCCAAGAGAGGAUACCAAGUCGAAGUCUAUGAGCUGAGGCCGGAUCUUCGCGAUCCCAGCAUCGUGCCGCUCAACUUCACAAAGUCCAUCAACUUGGCUUUGUCUGAACGAGGCCUUCAUGCCAUGCAGCUGUCUGGCGAACCGAAGCUUGUUGACCAUGUCAUGUCUGCGACUAUUCCGAUGCGCGGACGGAUGAUUCACGGACAGUCGCCGGAUGGAAGUCUUUACGAGCACUCACAAAACUACGGAAUAGACGGACAGGCUAUCAAUGCUAUCGACCGAGGAGCCCUCAACUCGCGGCUGCUCGACAUCCUGGAAGCCAUGCCUAACGUCAAGUUGUUCUUCAACCACAAGCUCACUGGAGCCGACUUUAAGAAGAACAAGGCUUGGUUUGAAGCCCGCGACAGAGACUACGUUCCUAACGGCCGUCCUAGAGAAAUCGAAAUCACUUUCGAUCUCAUGAUUGGAGCAGACGAAUACAUUGACACCCUGUGGUGCGAGUUCCAUCUGCCCCCUCGUCCCGUAGAUGCGGAUGAGAAAGACCCCAACGCCAAGUUCCGAAUCUCGCCGAACCACUUGCACAUCUGGCCAGGCAAGGACUUUAUGUUCAUUGCCAUUCCCAGCGAGGACGGAUCAUUUACCUGCACUCUCUUCAUCCCCAGCGGUGAGAUUUCGGAGCUGGAGAGGGACCCUUCCACGGUCCCGGCUUUCUUUGACAAGCACUUCCCCGGAGUUACCGCAUUGAUACCAGGACCGGACCUCAUCAAGUCGUUUGAGACAAACCCUCACCUGCCGUUGAUUAGCCUCAAGUGCAAGCCCUAUCACCAUGGCUCCUCUGGAGUCAUUAUCGGUGACGCUGCCCACGCCAUGGUGCCCUUCUAUGGCCAGGGCAUGAACGCUGGCAUGGAAGAUGUCCGCAUUCUCUUUUCCAUCCUCGAUAAGCACCGAUCUCUCGCCUUAGCAGAGUAUUCUGCCGUCCGAGCAAAAGACGCCUACGCCAUCAACAACCUAGCUCUGCAAAACUACGUCGAAAUGAGAUCCUCGGUCCUCUCCAGGCGGUACAGAUUGCGCAAGUACCUCGAGGAGUUUAUGAGCGUGCAUUUCCCGUCCUUUGGCUGGCAGACCAAGUACUCCCGAGUCAGCUUCGGCAACGAGGGAUACGCAGACGUGGUGCGCAAGAGCGAUCGCCAGGGCCAGAUCCUGGUGCAGAGCUUCAUUGCGCUGGUCUCGAGCCCUGUUGUCUUGACGGCCCUGGUGUUGGCGUAUAAGCGUCGUGGAUCUCUUGCAUCGUUUGUUGGAGGGCUUUUCGGUUGGAAAUGA